CAUUUUUCAGAUCUUAGCAGGUUGACAAACUUACUACCAACUCCUAGGAAUGAAUGGAUAAAUCACAAAGACCAUAUCUACAUGUUAAGCUCAUACUCAUGAUGUGCCGCUGAUUCAAUAUAAACUUAAAAUUAUCCAUUUUGAAAACCGUAAAAGAUGGAUAGCUCGUUGCUUGACCAUGAACAACCCCAUGUUGCUAAUAAAGACUAUGACAUGCCCCAAAAGAAAACAUACGCUGGUUUAAGCUGUAUCGGUGUACUAUGGAGCAUAUUAUCAUUCAUGAGUAUGCUAGCGUCAUGCGUGGGAUAUUUCAUGCCAUAUUGGUUAGAAGGACACAUGCACAACAAUACUCCAGUCUACCUCGGGACAUUCAGGCGCUGCAACUACCUAUCAUAUUCCAACAAUGAUGAACUUUCCGUCGUAAAAGAAUGUGGACGCUAUACAACAUUCUGGGAUAUCCCAGGCCUAUAUUGGAAGAUUGUAACUGUGGUUGUCGGGACUGGUGCUGGAUUAACCAUUCUUAUAUCAUUUGCUUCUAUGCUAGGAUGCUGUUGUCGAGAGUUUAUAAGUAGAACUACAACUCGUGUUUUGGGAGUCUUUCAGUUUUUUGCAGGUCUUCUAGUGGCAGGAGGUGCUGCCAUCUAUCCAAUGGGCUGGGACACUAGAGAAGUGAAACAAGCAUGUGGAGAUACUGCUGCCAUCUAUCAUCUAGGUACGUGUACUAUGGGUUGGGCGUACUAUACGACAAUGGGUGGCGGGGCUCUAGCGUUGAUCUGUGCCUUCCUGUCAUGUAACGCAGCUAGAGUCAGGAAGUAUAAGUUCAGCGAUGGAUAG